AGCGCGACAUCAACGUCGCACCUCUUUGUAUCGCCCGCUCGCUUCCUUUGCGUGCUGCCGGCGUGCCGCUGCUGCCAGACGACACAGGCACCGAAUCCGCCGCCGCCGCCCUAUCACAGUUCAAGUCAUGACCAGGAUUCGGCCGUUCUCUUCGAACUGCACUGUCUACCCGUCAGCUUCAUGUCCACCCUAACUUCCUCUCCCUCGCACUCCCCUCGCAACCCCUUCCACCACCCGAGUCCGCGCGCGUCGUACACUGGCCCUGCGUCCAGCGCUCGCUCCCCCGCCGCCGCGACCCGAAACUCCCCGCGCGCCUUCUCCACCCAUUCGCCGCGUCGAACACAUGCGCAGAGCAGCGCCGCACCCCAGCAGCCCGACAAGCACAUUCCGUUCGACAGCAGUUCAUUCGCCGCUGCCGGGGCGUAUGUCAGCACCGGCACGCAGUACAGUCCGGACGGUCUCCCACCGACGGCAGGCGCCAAGCUGGCUGUCGCAGUAGGGAAGCCUCCGGGCUCAGAGGUUGGGGCGCGCAGUGGGAGGAAGCGCAAGGAGACAUUGACGUCUCCAGACUCGUCGCCAGAGCCCAUGAGCGGCGCCAGCGCCUCAUCCGGCGCGCCACAUGGAACACAGCGAAUGCCAGAGGAACCCGAUCCGCGAUCAGACCCCGCUGGGAACACAGGUGGCUCAUCGCCGGCACUGCAAGAGGCGCGAUCUACCCAUGGUCACUCCGCCGCUCCGAAAAGAUCGAAAGCGGAGCCCGGAUCUGUUAAGGCUAUGCCAGUCAGAUAUGAGAAGGCUAGCACGAAAGAACUUGGAGUCCUUGUCUCCAAUAUGCUCAUGGAGCUCAUUCGCAUCAACGAUCAGAUCCCGUUACGUGACGGGAGACUGACUCGAUUUCACUCGAGAGCGCCUCCAGGGAUCAGUGUAUCAGACUACCUGCAGCGUUUGAUACAGCAUGCAACGCUAUCACCACCAAUACUCCUUAGCAUGGUGUAUUAUAUCGAUCGCCUUUGCACGAUGUACCCCGCAUUCACGAUCAAUAGCCUCACAGUUCACCGGUUUUUGAUAACUGCGGCAACCGUGGCCGCCAAGGGCUUGAGCGACUCCUUCUGGACCAACCCCACUUACGCAAGAAUUGGGGGGAUACCGGUGUCGGAGUUGGCAACUCUCGAACUUGAGCUUUUACAACGCGUCGACUGGAAGAUUGUACCCAAGCCUGAGACUCUCGAAGAAUAUUAUCGCAGUCUGGUGGAGAGGACUGAAGGAUACGUCAUGGAGGCAGGCAGCUCUGGAUCAGAUAGCAGCAGCAUCCUUUCCAGUGAGACUGGCAGAAGUGAGGAGAUGUCGGAAGGCAAUACGUGAAACGGCAUACAAAACUCAGUUUGAAAGAGGGCAGGAACAAGUGAGGCGUCGACGCAAGCCCGUGGCUGCCUUCGACAAUAUCCAUGAAUUCAGCUAUACUGGAUGAGAGGGGAAGUAGGGAAGCUCUCUGUUCCCAGAACGCAGAGCUAAUCACGAGGAACAGAGCAUAGUGGACGAGAUUGUGGCAUACGGCAUCAAUGCGGCGCUGGUGGAUACUAGGGUAUU